AUGUCCCACCACACCCCCUUCCAAGCCCUCGCCCCACUCUCCUGGACCGACGACAUCCAGGCCGUCCAAGACGACCCCCCAGCCCUAGCCGCCCUUCUCGACUCGACCUUCUCCCGUGCCCGGAUCCUCCUCGAGUCAAUCCCCGAACCAUAUCCCACGGCCUCUACCCCUGUUUCUUCCUCUACAGCAGCAAACCCCGGCCGCGCCCGCUCUCACACCGACUCAGCGGUAUCUUUCAUAUCGGAUUCAGGGCCCAGUCAACCCGGGAACAGAAGCCAUCAUCAUCAUCAAACAGCAGCAGCAGACACAGAAACAAUCACCAAACUCCGCAAAGAAUGGAAGGAUCUCAAAAUGCACCCGGCCCAACCGCCACCACACCCGGGUAAACCGCUAGACGACAAAUCCAGCAGCGGGUCCAACCCGCACGGUAUUGCGAUGUACAAGAUGGGCGGGAAGGAUGGCAAGGGGGCGUGGUUUGCGAGGAGGAGUUUGCAUUUUCCUCCUCCUCCUCCUCCUCCUCCUCCUCCUCCUCCUUCUUCUUCUUCUUCUUCUCCUCCUCCUUCUUCUUCUCCUGCUUCUCGGCAGAAGGGUAGUGCGUGGUUUGACAAGUGGGAGGCGGCGCUGCGAAGGGAGAUGCAGGUUACGCUGGAGCGGGUGGCGGCGAGUCCGGGAAAGGUGCCUGGGACGGGGAAUGUGAGGGGGAUUGGGGCGGAGAGGAGGGUGGAUGGGGUGGAAGUUGAGGGGGGGAGGAUGGAUGUGUACCACGUCUCGGCCAGAUUCCCAGGCCCGACAACACCCCGAGAUUUCAUCACCCUCAUCCUAAUGCCCACAGAAAAAGACACCCAAAGCCAAAGCAGCAAACAUCCCCGAACCUUCAUGCUCAUCUCCCGCCCGUGCGACCACCCCGACUGCCCGCCCCGCCCGGGCUUCAUCCGCGGCACCUACGAAUCCGUCGAGAUGAUCCGCGAAGUGCCCAUCGAAAAACCGAAACCGAAACCCCUGCGCCGGGCGCGAUCGUCGGUGGAUGUGAGCGGGGCUAAUAGAGAUGAGAUUGAAAAGGCGCUUGCGGCUGGUAGUGGAGAGCGGGUUAGCAGGGAAGCUGUUUUGCUUGCGGCCAAGCAGGCGGUCGGGGAUGAGGUUGAGUCUGAAGGGGAGGCUAGGACGGUGUCGUUCCGGCCGGGGAGUGUCGGGGAUGAUGAAGACGAUGGUGAUGACACGGAGAUGGCUGUUGAGUGGAUGAUGGUCACGCGGAGUGAUCCGGGCGGGAGCGUGCCGCGGUUCAUGGUGGAAAAGGGCACGCCAGGGGGGAUUAUUGGUGACGCCGGGAAGUUCCUCAAGUGGUUCACCUCUCAGAGUGUCGAGGACUUGAAGAGGCCGAUACACCAGCAGGAGGCGAAGCCAGCUGAAUCACAAACAGAGCAGCCACAAACCGGGGCACAAUCAGAACAACGGCCGCCGAAAGACAUAUCAGCUACAGACGGUCCCCCCGAUAGCCAGAGCGAUGACCAACCACCUGCCAGUAACAGCGGCAUCUACGGCAUGCUCAGCAGCGCUCUCGGCAUGGCCACCUCAGCCGUAGCCAGCGGCGUCGCGGCGUUUGCGCCGGCUUCCAUCGAGACCGACACCGACACCAGCGAUUUCGACGACGACAGCGAUGUCUCAGACGACGAAGAGGACGAACACACCUCACAACCCGGCCAGCCCCUCCCGGACUCCUCCCGGGAUCCCGAAGCCGACAAACAGAUCGCAGAUCAAGACAAACCCGACCAAGACAAACCAGCCGCUGCCGAUGACAACCAAUCCACCCGCUCGACCGUCUCUGAGACCCCCUCCUCGCAAGCGCUCCCGCCAGCUAUGGCGCGCGCCCAGGCCCAGCAUGAGAAGGAGCUGGCCAAGUUGCAGCAGCGGAUGCGCAAGGCAGAGGAGAAGAUUGCGCGGGAGCAGGCGAAGCGACGGGCGAAGAGUGCGAAGGCUAAUGUUAACGGGAGUGGGAAGGACAACCCCCCCACCGACGAAGCCUCACCCCCCACAGAAGAAGCAGAAGCAGAAGAAGAAUUCUCAACCCUUCUCAAACUCCGCGCCAAACACGCCCACAACCUCUCCCGGCAACACGACAAGCACCAACGCGAACUCGCCCGGCUCGCAGAGAAACAAGCCGCCGAAGCCCGCAAAGCUGCCGACCGCCAGCGGAAAACCGCCGAGCGCGCCGCCCGCGCCGACCUACGGUUGGAACUCGACCGGGUGCGUGCCGAGCGGGAUGUGGCGCGCAAGGAGGUGGAGAUGUUGAGGGAUUUGGUGGGGGCGGUGCAGGCGGAGAAUACGAGGCUUGUUGCGCAGUUGGGGAGGGAGAAGGGGGACGAGGGGGCGGGUGGCAGUGAUAAGGGGUUGAAAGGGUUGAAGGAUGUAUAA